AUGGCAGACUCUGGAGCGUUUCUUGAUCAAGACCAGUUCAGCUGUCCCAUCUGUUUGGAACUGCUGAAGGAUCCAGUGGCUAUUCCCUGUGGACACAGUUACUGUAUGGGCUGUAUUAAGGGCUGCUGGGAUCAGGAUGAUCAUACUGGUGUCUACAGCUGUCCCCAGUGCAGGCAGACCUUCACCCCAAGGCCUGUUCUGGGCAGAAACACCAUAUUGGCUGCUAUGGUGGAGAAACUGAAGAAAAUGGGACUCCAAGCUGAUCCUCCUGCUCACUGUUAUGCUGGACCUGGAGACGUGGCGUGUGAUGUCUGCUCUGAGAGAAAGCACAAAGCCAUCAAAUCCUGCCUGGUGUGUCUGGUUUCUUAUUGUGAAACUCACCUCCAGCCUCACUAUGAAUCUCCUCCUCUUAAGAAGCACAAACUGGUAGAAGCUACUGGACACCUGCAGGAGAAGAUCUGCUCUCGUCAUGACAAACUGCUGGAAGUUUACUGUCGUACUGAUCAGCAGUGUAUCUGUCUGCUGUGUACAAUGGAUGAACACAGAGGCCACGACACAGUCUCAGCUGUAGCUGAAAGGACAGAGAAACAGAACCAGCUGGGCAAGACACAGAAGAAAUCCCAGCAGAAAAUCCAGGAGAGAGAGAAGGAGCUGCAGGAUCUGAGACAGGCUGUAGACUCACUCACGCACUCUGCACAGGCAGCAGUGGAGGACAGUGAGAGGAUCUUUACUGAGAUGAUCUGCUCCAUUGAGAGAAGGCGCUCUGAGGUGAAAGAGCUGAUCAGAGAUCAGGAGAAGGCUGCAGUGAGUCAGGCUGAAGGACUCCUGAUGCGACUGGAGCAGGAGAUUGCUGAGCUGAGGAGGAGAGACGCUGAGCUGGAGCAGCUUUCACACACAGAGGAUCACAUCCAUUUCCUCCAGAGCUGUAAUUAUCUCUGUGCUCCUCCUGGACCUGGAGACUUACCCAGCAUCACUUUCAAACAACACUUCUCUUUUGACGCUGUGAGGAAAUCUGUCUCUGAACUGAAAGUGCGACUGGAGGAUGUCUGUAAGGUGGAAAUGGCUAAGAUCUCCAGCCUGGGCAGUGGAGGGGACAUUUCUGGCUCCCUUGCUAAGACAGGAGGGUCCUCUGGAGGGGGAGCUACAGCAGCUGAAAAGCAGAGCUGUCCCAUCUGCAUGAAGUCCAUAAAGAAGAAACAGAGGCUGAUGCGGCUGUGUUAUGAGCCUAGCUAUUUGAAGCGUCUGAUAGAUGCACUCAGAGCCAAAGGCAUCGAAUGA